AUCAAGGAGCUCAAGCGUCGAGACAACCGAGCCAUUGCCACUGGUCUCCAGAAUACCAGAGACAGUCCAUCCUCAACUGUGGUGCGGCCACUGCCACUGCAAAGUCUGCACUUCCAUCCCCAGGACAUCACCUCUAACGCCAUGCGACCGACAAGACUACUAAAGGCCGCUCCCACCACACAACCUUUUCGACCAGGCCAGCGAGCGCCAGCACUAGCCCUCUUGCCGCCAUUGCCGCUCUACCGGCGCCUGUUACGCAUUCACCGCAAGCUGUUGGGUCCAGAGGAACGCAUCUUUGGCGACAAUUAUAUCAAGGCCGAGUUUCGACGCCACCGAGACAUUGAGAACCCUCUUCACAUUGUCGGUUUUCUGACCGAGUGGCAACUAUACGGACAACAGCUGGAAGGAGACACAUGGAAAGAUGGUCGAAUUGACCCUGAACUCUUGGACAAGAUGAGUGAUCAGCAGAUUGGACAAAUGUACGAAUUGAUGCAGGCAAUUCAGAAGAGAGGGAGGGAUAGUGUGGACGAAGAGGAGGAAGGUGCAAUUCUAAAGGCGAUUGAUGAUGCUUCAACAGAUGGAAAGAAGAACGACUCGUGAGUCAGAGAGAAGACGCGUCACACAGUGACGCUCCUGGCUUGCAAUGACUGUUGAAGUGGUAACAGCUACGACCCGCUCUAUGGAGAUGGUGAAGGAACGGUGACUCUUUGUUUCCCUUGUUCCCUCUCUGAGACCAACGCAACGGCGUGCAAAUAUCCAGGCCCUUUCCUAUCCACCUUGUUUGGCUGUCAGAUUCAUCCACAUCUACACAACCCUACAUCUGUCUGACUGAAAGCGACCUGUAUCAGUCAUUGCUCGUUAGCUCGUCAUUACUGGGCAUCACAAUCGCAAUCUCAAUCGUGGCAAUCGCGUCGACAGUUCCGUAUAUCAUCGCGUAUAUCAUCGCUACCUCGCCCUGCCACUUCAACAAGCACAGCCUCAGCCUCAAGCUUAAUACAGCUCAUUGACACCGAUCCACAAUACCAAACCCACGCCUAUCCGCUUUCCUUCCGACAGUACCAUCCAACCCACUCGACAAUCAUGUGCCGUGUCGAGCGCUUCCGCUCGCCCACCUGUCUGCACAAAUGGAUGACCAUCAUCGCCCCGUGCAGCCCCAGCUCAAACUUUAGCAACGUCCAGCUAAACAUCCACAUAUUCCAGCCUGUGCGCAACCGGAUUUGGGACCCAGAAUAUGUUAUGGCUCCACCUCACACCUGUCCAGACUGUAAUAUGCGUGGCAAUUACGAUUGGACUAUGACACGGAUAAUACUUGGACCAGGACAAGAGGGAGGCUUGGGCAAUGGCUAUACCAUGACAGAUGGAUAUGGCAAUAUUCUGCCUUGGGGACAGUACAAUGGCGUUCCAUACACACCACUUAACGUGGCAGGAUGGGGUGUUAUUCCAACCACAUAUCAACCAGUCAACAAUACAUACUAUUACUACUCCGUCUGAUGGUAUGAUGGGCUUGAAUGAAGCUCUGUUGUCUGCAGCAAAUGGGUGAGUUCUGGUCAGGGAUAUGGAUUUGGUGUGAUCGUGACCAGCUGAUCAAGGUUGAUGGAAUGACUAAGUCAUAGACAUUGAUAACCAAGUCAAUAAAAGAUCUUAUGACUG